CAAUAGGAUUGGAUGACACUUCGCGAUCAUUUCCGGACAAGUUUGUCCCUCCCGUGCUCCGUCCAAGUGUCAUGGCGACCUCCAGCAGCGGCAUGACUUCCUCGGAAACACUGCGCUACUCUGAGUACAAGAGUGGGAGCCGGAGGACCCCAGGGGCUGACGUUGAUGGCACACUGGGAGGGACAUUGAUAGCUGUGGGUCUUGGAGUUGCAGCUGUAGCUUUUGCAGGUCGUUUUGCAUUCCAGCUGUGGAAACCUUUGGGUCAAGUUAUUGUAGAGCAUGCAAAGAAAAUCCCAACUCCGGGCCUUUCUUAUUACUACAAAGGCGGAUUUGAGCAGAAAAUGAGUAGGCGAGAAGCCAGUCUAAUUUUAGGCAUAAGUCCAUCUGCUAGCAAAUCCAAAAUUCGAGCAGCUCAUCGGAAAAUUAUGGUUUUAAAUCAUCCGGAUAAAGGUGGCUCACCUUACAUGGCAAUGAAAAUAAAUCAAGCAAAGGAAUUCCUGGAAUCUAGCACAAAACAAUAACAGGAAAUCUGAAUAAUUUGUAUAAAAAUUCCAUGCUGCCUGGAAAGAUCGCACAUUGCUUUUGUCUACCCCACUGUUCAUCUGCUAGAAUUCAUCUUUUCAUCUUUUGUUUUUUGAAGUGACUUUAAUAUUUAUUUGUGCCUUUUGCUUGGUAUUUGCAUAGUUCAUAAAUGUUUGAUUUUAAGCUGCUCAUACAUGUGUAAAUUGGGUCAUCUGGGAUUUCUCAUUGUCAAUGGUGGACAUCUCAUUCUGCUGUUUUUUAGAUAUUUACUCAGAUGGUUCAGUGUUACACAUUAGCAAUCUGGGCAUGUGCUGUCUGGGUAAUUUUUUGGAAAAAUAAAACUAUUGCUCUAGUCUAUAGUUUUAUGCAGAUUCAGACCCCAUAUAUAAAGAACCUCAUGUAUCUAAAGGGUAUCCAGGUAGAUAUGCAUCAGUUUUUAUAGUAUGAAGCAGCUCAUUGCACAGGAAAUUGUUGACUGAGGUGUAAAUAUUUUUUCUCAAUCUGUAGUAUUUGGAUAUCUUUAAAAAGUAUUAUAUACAUUGAUUGCUCACGCGUAAAAACUGUGGCAAAAUAAAGCUACAUAAUUAUAUUUUAA